CUGGGGAAAAAGAGUGAUCGAUGGCUGGAAAAAGGAAACGAGCAAAUGCUCCUGACCAAACAGAGCGAAGAUUGAGUCUUCGGGUUCAGGAAGUGAGACAAAAGGCGCUAGAUGAGAAGGAGCGUUUAGUACGGGAGAGGGUUAAACUCCUCAGUGACAAAAAGAGUGAACUUUGUGUCGAUGACACUGAGUUACAUGAGAAAGAAGAGGAAAAUGUCGAUGGUAGCCCUAAACGAAGAAGCCCUCCAAAGCUAACCGCAAUGCAGAAAGGAAAGCAGAAAUUGAGUGUUUCUCCGAAUGGUAAGGACGUGAACUUGGACGCUCAUCUCAAAGUGACAAAGUGUCUGAGGUUUUUUAACAAGCAAUAUCUCCUCUGUGUCCAGGCUAAGAUGAGCAGACCUGAUUUGAAGGGUAUAACUGAGGCAAGUCAUGAUUCUUUUACCUCUGGCCUUAGUUGCUUUAUGCAACAUUGUAUGAUUAAAGCCAAGGCGAUAUUGUACCCAAGAAAAAUAAUUGGUGAUCUUCAAGGUAUUGACGUUGGACACCGAUUUUUUUCAAGAGCUGAAAUGUGUGCUGUAGGCUUCCAUAACCAUUGGCUAAAUGGGAUCGAUUAUAUGGGAAUGGAAUACGAAAAAGAGUAUAGUAACUACAAGUUUCCGCUGGCUGUUUCUAUCGUUAUGUCGGGCCAGUACGAGGAUGAUCUAGACAAUGCAGAUACGGUGACUUACACUGGACAGGGAGGGCACAACUUAACUGGUAAUAAACGCCAGAUUAAGGAUCAACUCUUACAACGAGGGAAUUUGGCCCUAAAGAACUGCUGCGAACAUAACGUGCCUGUCAGAGUAACUCGUGGUCAUGAUUGCACAAGUAGCUAUACCAAAAGAGUAUACACUUAUGAUGGACUGUACAAGGUUGAAAAGUUCUGGGCACAAAAGGGCGUUUCAGGAUUUACAGUGUAUAAGUACCGACUGAAACGAUUGGAGGGGCAACCAGAACUAACUACUGAUCAGGUCAACUUUGUUGCUGGACGCAUACCAAAGUCUACUUCAGAAAUUGAGGGUUUGGUAUGCGAAGACAUCUCUGGAGGGCUAGAAUUUAAGGGUAUUCCAGCCACAAAUCGUGUUGAUGAUUCACCAGUUUCACCAUCAGGUUUCACAUACAUCAAAUCUUUGAUUAUUGGGCCUAAUGUCAAAAUUCCGAAGAGUUCAACUGGGUGUAACUGCCAAGGCAGCUGCACUGACGCAAAGAAAUGUGCAUGUGCUAAGCUUAAUGGGGGAAACUUUCCAUAUGUCGACCUUAAUGAUGGCAGAUUAAUUGAGUCUCGAGAUGUUGUAUUUGAGUGUGGUCCACACUGUGGGUGUGGGCCAAAAUGUGUCAACCGAACUUCUCAGAAGCGUCUAAGAUUUAAUCUUGAGGUUUUCCGCUCUGCAAAGAAGGGUUGGGCAGUUAGAUCAUGGGACUACAUACCAGCUGGUUCACCAGUAUGUGAGUACAUAGGCGUCCUCAGAAGAACUGCUGAUGUGGAUACUAUCUCUGACAAUGAAUAUAUAUUCGAGAUUGACUGCCAACAGACAAUGCUAGGUCUUGGUGGAAGACAGAGAAGACUAAGGGAUGUUGCUGUACCAAUGAAUAAUGGAGUCAGUCAGAGCAGUGAAGAUGAGAAUGUACCAGAGUUCUGUAUUGAUGCUGGUUCAACAGGAAACUUUGCUAGGUUUAUAAAUCACAGUUGUGAACCAAACCUGUUCGUUCAGUGUGUCCUGAGUUCUCACCAGGAUCUAAGGCUUGCCCGCGUGGUUCUUUUUGCAGCUGACAACAUCUCACCACUGCAGGAGCUAACUUACGACUAUGGAUAUGCGCUUGAUAGCGUUCAUGGGCCGGAUGGGAAGGUGAAGCAGCUCACUUGCUACUGUGGAGCGCUAAAUUGUAGGAAACGCCUAUACUAACAAGGCUAUUGGUAAACUUAUUUUUUUGGCCACUCUAUUUUGGGGAGUACAUAGAUAGCAACUAUCUCCCAAGUGGAAGAACCCUUAACAUCUUAUUUGAGGGACUUUAGCAUCUUCUGCAGCGUACAAUUAGUGCUGCCUUUUUCGGCAUUGUUUCCUGAACCU